AUGGCUGACCUACUUCUGUCUGGCUUUGUCACGUUUGGUGCUAUCACUGUUCUGUCCACACUUUUUUUCGUGCUUUUUCUGUACUGGUAUGGCACCUGUGGAUUUUCUGUCCUCAAGUAUAUGAAUGUUCCUGGUCCUGCACCAAAACCAUUUGUAGGAAACAUUCCAGAUCUGAAAAAGUACCGUGGAAUACAUUUAAUGAUGCUGGAUUAUCUUAAAACCUAUGGAAAGGUGUUCGCUGUUUCUUUGGGUAGGAAACCUUCCCUCGUCGUUGCAGACCCUGAAGUACUAAAACAGAUCCUUGUGAAGGAUUUUUCCAAUUUUCGAAAUCAUCACAUUCCUGGGAAACAACCGGCUCGAUUUAGUAGAAGCAUAUUUGCUGCACGUGACGAAUAUUGGAAAAAAAUCCGCAACAUGUUGACGCCUACGUUCAGUGCGGGAAAAAUGAAGCUGAUGGUGCCACUGAUCGAGAAGUCAUGCGACGUGCUAAUGGAGAAACUUGAAAGAAUUGCUGCUACUGGUGAGAGAUCACUGAUUGUACUUUAGCUUUUAAGAAACAUCCAAGCUUCUAGUAGGUUAGAAGGAUAUCUGGUGGAUAAUUAUUUGCGUCGGCCAAAUUUUCUCGAAACCACUAAUUUAUUGACAAAGAGUGGAGAAUAUGCACCCAAAGACCCCUCCUUCCCCAUCUCCUUUUAUGCUACUCCUUAGAUUGGACCAAGAUGCUUAGUGGACUCUGUAAUCUGUAACCUCUGUUUGGGCCGGACACACGAUGGCCCAACACUUAGUAUGUCAGAUUCCGGAUCGGUCCCAGUGCAUCCAAAACCGGGAAUUCUGUGCAAUGAAACGUGGUUUGAUGUUACUCUGGUUUAAAGAUUUCAUGAAUGUAACCGAGAAGUUACAAUUUAUUAACCCAAUGUUGCAACACUGCGUUCAUCAGGGGUGUGAUGAGGGCACUAGACAGGAGUGUUGAAACGUUGGGUCCAUGAAUUGUAACUACUCAGUUACAUUCAUUAAAUCUUUACAUCAGUAUAGCCUCAAACCAUGUCUGAUUGUCCCCUGAUUGCCUUGUGAACUAUUAUAUAUCUCCAUAAUGAAGUUUAUUUACCUAGGAGUAUAAAUGAAAGCAAACUACAAAUUUACACUUGCAAAUUGUCAAGACGGAUACCUGAAAGGGUUUUCGCUGGAUCAGUUGAUUUCUAACAAAUAUGACCGGCAACAUCUCGGAGCAGCAGAUUGACCGUAAAACGGGGAUGAGGCUCCGAAACUGAUGUUUUAAGGGGCAAAGUAAAGAAAACGAGUGAACCCCCUUACGAGAAUCAGAAUUACUCUUUCUACUUUUUACUCUUUUGAAAACAGAGUGCAGUUGAAAGAUGAAAUGUUAUGAUUUCAAAACCAUAGUAAUUACAACAACCAAUCAGAACAAAGAAAUAUCACAAAGAACCAAUGAGAACCCAAAAUAAAAAUAAGUAAGCUGCCUAAAGCGCGGGAAAACGCAAGUGACCCAGUCGCGUUUGAUAUUUUGUUAAGAAUCUUAUUAGUUAAAAGGAUGGCAUGAAUUUUCUGGGCCAAUCACAUAGCGAAUAAAGUUAACAGCAAAGUAAUCCUGGAUUAUCUUCCACACUCGAUAAGAAAUUGCUUUAAUUCACAGCCUAGUACCUUGGCGUGCUCUCUGAGGCUAAGUCGGAAUCGCGUACCCCGCGAAAUUUGACGUUCUAAGGUUCGAAACCUAACGGAGGACUCUGACCUACGCUCCCGACCAAUAGAACAUAUCUUUUUAUUCGACGACAACGAGCUCAUAGUUUAAAUCUCUCUUAUUUUUUAUAAUGAUAUGGUCUUCACUUCAGGUGACAGUGUGGAUGUGUCCACUGGUUUAGCAAGCUUACUCUCGAGCUCAUCCUGUCCACCGCGUUUGGCGUGGAUGCGGCGAUCCAAACAGACCCAAACAGCGAGAUUUUGCGCAAAGCGCGAGAGAUUUUUGGCGCCCCCUCAUCCUUACGUGUUCUUCAUCGCCUUCCAUUUGGAAGUUACCUACUUCGUUUCAUAAAUCACUUAAAAGGAGUAAAAGGUGAAUACUUUGAGGACCUGGCAAAGGACAUUAUAAAGAGGCGCCUUGAAGUGGGAACAAACGGAAGAGUUGACCUUUUACAGUUGAUGUUGACCGCCAACGAGGCAGCUGACGAGGCCAGUAAACUUUCUGAGGACGAACUUGUUGCUCAGUCGGUUUUCUUUUUGUUAGUCGGCUACAAAAACACAAGCAACUCCAUGGCCUUUAUCACUUACUUCCUGGCAACGAAUCCUCAAGUCCAAAAUGAGUUAAGAAAAGAAAUUCGAGAGGCACAAAAGUCAAAUCCAAAGGCGUCAAUCUUCGAUAUCGCCCAAGACAUCGAUUACCUUGAUUGCGUCGUGAACGAAUCUCUCCGACUAUGCCCGCCUAUAUUUCAAAUGAAUCGCUCCUGCCAUGAAGAUCAUGACAUUGAAGGUAUUCACAUCCCAGCAGGAAUGGAAGUGAUAAUUCCAACGUUCGCAAUUCAUCAUGAUCCCGAAGCUUGGCCGAAUCCCGAAAAGUUUAAUCCGGACAGAUUCCGAGAGAAAAACGAAGGCACUCGUCACUCGUACCAGUUUUUGCCUUUUGGAGCAGGUCCUCGAAACUGCAUCGCGAUGAGGUUCGCCUUGAUGGAAAUAAAGAUCGCAUUAGCGAAAGUAUUGAUGAAAUACAAGUUCGUUCAGUCACCAGAAACACAAGUUCCACUGGCCUUACAUACAGGGGUUAUGCUAUCGCCAAGAAAUGGCAUCUUUCUCAGAGUGGAAAAUGCGUAA